ACAACAGCAGCAGCAAUCCCACAAAAAACGCUCUUUUUCCCCAUCUUCUUCUGAAGUCCAAUAUGCAAGAAAAAUGGGGGAGAGUCAGAAUCAAGCAGCAACAACAACUUCAAGAUUGGGGAUAAGAAACAGCGGUGGAGGCGAGAUCGUUGAGGUCCAAGGAGGUCACAUUGUUCGCUCAACAGGAAGAAAAGACCGCCACAGUAAAGUUUGUACUGCAAAAGGCCCUAGAGAUCGCCGUGUUCGGCUCUCAGCUCCUACAGCUAUUCAGUUCUACGAUGUUCAAGACCGCCUUGGCUACGACCGCCCCAGCAAAGCCGUAGAUUGGCUUAUCAAGAAAGCAAAAGCGGCCAUUGAUGAACUUGACCAGCUACCUCCAUGGAAUCCAGAAACUGUAACUACUAGUAUUACCACUACUGAAACAAGAAAAGCUCAACAAAAUGAAACAACAAAUCAAGAUAGAGACUUUCAGUUUCCCAGGAGUUCAGGGGCUGCAAUGGGCGGUGGUCGUGGUAGUUCUGAUGUUCAAAAUCUUAAUAUGGUUGAAAAUCCGAACCAAAGUUCGAGUUUUUUACCACCAUCUUUUGACUCAGAUUCAAUUGCUGAUACAAUCAGGUCGUUCUUCCCAAUGGGUGCUACAGCCGAUUCACCUUCAUCUAUUCAGUUUCAGAGUUACCCACCAGAUUUGCUUUCGAGGACUACAAGUCAUAGCCAAGAUCUAAGGCUUUCGCUCCAGUCAUUUCAGGAGCCAAAUAGUUUUCUUUCACAGCAUCAACCACAUCACCAGGCUCAUUCUCAACACCAACAACAUACCAAUGAGCAAGUCCAGAUUUUGUUCUCUGGAACAACCCCACUGGGGUUUGAUACCUCUUCUGCUGGGUGGUCUGAAACUGAGCAGCAGCAUCCCCAUCACCACUCUGCAGAAAUGUCCAGGUUCCAGAGAAUUGUUGCUUGGAAUAAUAGUGGAGGUGCUGAUACUGGUGCAAGUGGAAGUGCUACUCGUGGUCGUGGAGGAGGCUUUAUGUUUAAUUCACUACCAACUCAGCCACCACUGCAGCCCUUAUUCGGCGGCCAAAGCCAGUUGUUUUUAUCUCAGAGGGGACCCCUUCAGUCCAGCAACACGCCUCCAGUUCGUGCUUGGAUAGACCAGCCAUUUACUUUCACCAAUGACCACCAACAUCAUCAUCAAAUUCCUCAGCAAACUACCCAUCCAUCUGUGAUAUCCGGCAUUGAAUUCACCUCUUCUGUUGGUGAGUUCUCUGGAUUUCUCAUUCCAGCACGAAUUCAAGGCGAAGACGAGGAACGUGAUGGUAUUCACAACAGGCCAUCUUCUGCUUCCUCUGAUUCUCGCCAUUGAAUGACCUCAAAUACCGUAAUCCUUGCCCUUUAAAGGUCUUCUUGAAUCUUUACUAAGAGAUUGAUGUGGAAGCUGCUUUGAUGGAUUGAAGACCAGUUAAGAGGGAGAUUUGGAUCGUUUUUAGUUCAAUGGCCUUAACUGUGGAAGAGGAAAUCUGGAUGGAUUUCAGGUUUUUCAUUUCUCAGUUGUUUAGCUUCUAUAAUUCAGUUGAUUAGGAUUGUAUCUUGGUUUUGAGUGAACUCUUAGAGCUCAACUGUGUUUGUUUUCUGUUGGCUUUCUAUGUGUUCAUGUUGCCAGACUUUUUUUUGCUA